AUGGGUAGCUUUACAUAUGUACAACCAGAAAGGAGGGAGAUGGUUCGGGAGAUUCAGCGGCUAUCCAGCCUUGGAGUCCGUCUGGCUAAUUCAGAAGAUAGUGGAGUUUCUAUUCGAGAGGUUGCUGAGUCCUCAAUCAUAGAUGAGGUAAAGAGACACCAAUAUGAGGACCCUAUUCUGGCACAGUAUAGAGAUGCAGCUCUUCAAAAGGAAAAGACCCAUUUAAGGUUACACCUGACAGAGUGUUACAAUAUGAAGGCAGAUUGUGUGUACCCAAUAUUGCGGGGCUACGACGGCAGGUUAUGGGAGAGGCACACUCUGCCUGUUAUUCUAUUCACCCUGGGUCAACAAAAAUGUAUCAUGACCUCAGAUGCUUAUACCGGCUUACCUCGCACUCAACGGAAGUAUGAAUCUAUAUGGGUUAUUAUAGAUAGGCGGACGAAAUCGGCCCAUUUUCUUCCAGUCAGGACUACUUAUUCGGCUGAAGAUUAUGCGAGGUUAUAUGUUAGGGAGAUAGUGAGACUUCAUGGGGUUCCCACGUCCAUUAUAUCAUACAGAGGAGCUCAAUUUACAGCCAACUUUUGGAGAUCGUUUCAGAAGGGAUUGGGGACACAGGUGAACCUUAGCACAGCAUUUCACCCUCAGACUGAUGGGCAGGCUGAGCGUACUAUUAAGACAUUAGAAGAUAUGUUGCGGAUGGCACCGUACGAGGCCUUAUAUGGGAGGAAGUGCAGGUCACCUAUUGGUUGGUUUGAUGUUGGCGAGACUAAGUUAAUAGGCCCGGAUAUGAUUCAGCAAGCUGUUGACAAGGUAUUACCCAUGAAGGGUGUGAUGAGAUUCGGCAGGAAGGGGAAGCUCAGUCCGAGAUACAUUGGGCCUUAUCAGAUUGUUUGUUGGAUAGGCAAGGUUGCCUAUGAGUUGGAUCUACCAUCUGAUUUGGAGGUGGUACAGAAAGUCUUCCAUGUAUCGAUGCUACGUAAAUGUAUUGGUGAUCCUUCUAGAGUAUUCCCUGUAGAUGAUGUUCAGGUAACAGAGGAGUUGUCAUAUGAGGAGAAACCCGUAGCUAUGCUUGAUCGCCAGUUUAGAAGGUUACGUACUAAGGAUGUGGCUUCCGUCAAAGUGUUGUGGGAAAAUAAUAAUAGGGAGGAAAUGACUUGGGAAGCAGAAGACGAAAUGAAGAAUAAGUAUCCUUACUUGUUCCCCAUACCUGCAGGUUGA